AUGUAUAGAAGAAAUAAUUUUAAUAGAGGAAAACCUUAUAGAAAGCCUUAAUAAUAAUAUUAAAAAAAAAAUUAUUAUCAAAAGCAAGAACGCACUCCUAUUAUUUAAGAUAAAUCAAUUUUAAAUGAUCCAAUAUUAUUUGACAAUCCACCAACUAAAAAAAUAAUCAAUAUUAUCAAUAAGAAAGAACCUGAUUAUUAAUAUAAGAAUGAAGACUUUAAAAAAAAUAAUGAAGAAAUCUAAAUAAAUGAUAAAAACAAACAAUUAAAACUUAAUCACUUUAAAAAAAAUUAUGAUGAUAGGAGUCCUUAAAAAGAGAGCCUUUAAGCUGAGAAUUCUUAUGAAAAUAAUUCUAUUGAUGAUUAGGAUAAUUAAAAAAUCAACAAUAAUGAAAAUAAUAAAGAUAGUGAUCUAAAAGAGAAAAACAAUGAUAUAGAAAAAGUAUCACAAAAAUUAAAUCCUGUUGAAGAUGAAAAAGAUGAAGAAAAUGAAGAUUAUGAUGAUUAUACUGAUGAAUAGGAUUAAGAUAAUUCAUAAGAAGAAUAUGAUUAAUAUGAUGAAGAUGGUGAAAUAGAAAAAAAUUCAAAAUAAGAUGAUAAUUUAUACGAAAAUGAAGAAGAUGAUUAAUAAAGGGAUGAUGAAUAUACAGAUGAAAAUGAUCAAUCAGAAGGAGGAAGAGAUAAUACGGAUGACGAUAAUUAAAAUGAUUUUGAUGAUUACGACGACUAUUAUGAUCAAAUUGAAGAUAGAGUGAAACCACCUGUAUAAUAGCCAAGAUUGGCUGAAAGCUCAAAACGGAUGUUAGCUUUUGAAAUAAGAAAAAUAAUUCCAUCUUUACCGAAAGGAUUUGGUCAAAACUUUUAAAAAGAUGAAAAAGCUAAAAAAAUACCUAACUAAUUUAAUUAUGAAUCAUAAAAUUAAACAAAUGAAUUAAGGCAAACAUAAAAUAAAGAUUAGAUCAACGAAAAGCUUAUUGCCAAAAGGAAAGAACUAUAAUUGAAAUAUACUGAACAAUAAUAAUAAUAAUAAUAAUAAUAAUAAUAAUAAUAAUAAUAAUAAUAAUAAUAAUAAUAAUAAUAAUAAUAAUAAUAAUAAUAAUAAUAAUAAUAAUAAUAAUAAUAAUAAUAAUCAUAUUAUAAAAAUCUAUAAAAUGAAAUUGAUGCAAAUAGUUGGAAAAUCCCAUAAUUUUCUUAAAAUCUUUAACCUAUAUCACAUAAUACAGGAGCAAAUACAAUAAAAUAUAAUUGUGAAGUGAAAUGGAAAAAUUUUCAAUUUAUAGAUUAAAUGUGCACUCAAUAAAAUAUAUAAGAUGCUAUCAAUCUAAAUAUGUAUGAUAGCACAUUUGAAGUUGAUAAGAAUUAUUAGUUAAAUACUUCUUUAAUUGUUAAAUAAUAUAUAAGACCGAAUUAAGGGAAAUAAGAAACAAUUUUUAGAUCAGAUGUAGGAAUGAUGUUAUCAAUUCAAAGAUUACAUUAGAUAUUUUGUGACAGAUAGAAAAGAAAAAAAAAUGGUGAGCUAGUGAACAUUGUGGAAAUCUUUUAAUACAUUUCUGAUAGAUUUAGGGCUUUAAGUACAGAGUUAAAGCAAAUAGAAUCAGAAAAUAGUAAUAUUUAUAUAUUUAGGAUCCAGUAUCUCGAAUAGCUAAGUAAAAUAAUUUAGUUGUUAAAUAGUCCGAAUUUAUCUGCUGUCAUAUUUAGAGAUGAUGUAGGCAGAUUAAAGUUGCCCAUUAAUAUAACAGAAUAAAUUUAAUUGUAAUAAGUAUCUGAUUGAUGC